AUGACGGGCUCCCGCGGCCCCAUCCUGCUGAUGCUAGCCCUCUACGACCCCGCAGACACAAACUUCGGCACCCAGUGCGAGGGUGAUAAGGUGGACGCGUGCUUUGGCGGCUUUGCGAAGCAGGCGACCGUGAUCGACGAGGCGCGGCAGGCGGCGGCGGCGCGCGGCGUCGACACGCUGGUCCUCCACGCCGGCGACCAGUACACUGGCACGCUGUGGGACGCGGUCUACACCAAGGAAGGCAUCCAGAUCGCCCCGGAGUUCCUGGAGAUGAUCGGCGUGCAGGCCUUUACCCUGGGCAACCACGAGUUUGACAACGGCGUGGGCGAGGGGGCGGGCCUGGCCGGCUUCAUUGCCAACAUCUCAGGGGCCUUCCCGGUGCUGUCGUGCAACCUGGACAUCAGCGGGGAGCCGGGGCUGGAGGGCCUGGUGCAGCCCUACGCCCUCAUCGACCUCCCCCUGGCAAACGUGACCGUGGGCGUCGUGGGGCUGACCUCCAUCGACACACCUGAUACCAGCAACCCAGGCCCCACCGUCCAGUUCCUGCCCUACAACGAGACCCUGCCGCGGUGCGUGGCGGAUGCCAGGGCGGAGGGAGCGGACUUCGUCAUCCUGCUGUCGCACAUCGGUUACACCGAUGACGUGGCGCUGGCGGCGGCGCCCGCGGCUGCCGGAGUGGACCUCAUCGUCGGCGGCCACUCGCACACGCUGCUGUACGGCGAGCCCGCGCCGGCGGGCCAGCCUCAGGUGGCGGGCCAGCCACCGCCGCUCCUCAUUUCGCCGCCCACCAACGAGACCAACACCCCGCUGGGGCCGUACCCCACCCUCGUCAGCAAUCCCGCCUCCGGCAGGACCAUCCCCAUCGUACAGGCGCUUUAUGCUUCUCGCUACCUGGGCCUUCUCAACACCACCUGGGACCGGCGUGAGGGCCUGGUGGCGGCCAGCGGCGGGCCGGUGCUGCUGGGCGGCGAGAACUCGACCAACCCGGUGGAGGACGACCCUGCGGUGGCGGCGCGCCUGGCGGAGCUGUAUGGACCGCUGGAGGCGUACUCGGAGCAGGAGAUCGGCAGCAGCGCGGUGCAGCUGGAUGGGGAGCGGCAGACUGUGCGGAAUGAGGAGACCAACUUGGGAGAUCUGACCUGUGCCGCUGUGUACGAAUAUGCGGUCCAGCACACAGCCAUCAUCGAGGACAACCCGCAGCUGGCGCCGGUGUGCCUGAUCAACGGCGGCGUCAUCCGUGCCAGUAUCCCGCCCGGCACCGUCACCCAGGGCGAUGCCCUUUCCGUCUUCCCCAACGGCAACUGGUUUGUGGCCAAGCUGGUCAACGCCUCCACCAUGGUUGCCGCGCUCAACUCUGGGCUGAGCGGCUGGACGGGGGACGCCACGGCGCCGGGGCGCUUCCCGCAGGUGGGAGGCCUGCGGUACGCAUUCGACCCUUCCCUCCCUGCCGACGCGCGGCUGGUUGGCGCCGAGGUGCUCGCAGACUUCAGUGACGGCGGCGCCAGCGGGGCCACCCCGCUUUCUUCCUACGCCGGCGACCUGCUGCUGCUGUCUACCGACUAUAUAACCGGCGGGGGGGACUUCUACGACAUGUUUACGCCCCUCCCCAUCUUCUUCGACUCCAGCACCCCGCUGGCCGAGCUGCUGGCUGAUUACAUGCAGCAGCACUCGCCCGUCAACACCACCGCAGACGGGCGCAUCAUCAACUGCCAGCUGGGCGCCAGCGACCCGCUGUGCGCCGGCGACGGCAGCAGCGGCGGCGGCACGCCAGCCAGCGGCCCCUCUGCGGCGCCGGCGCCGGCGCCGGCGUCUGCCGCGGCACCGGGGCGUGUGCUGCAGCUGGGCGCGGCGGCGCUGGCGCUGCUCGUGGCAGCUGCGGCGCUGGCGUGA